AGGCAGGCAGGGCUGCAGUCAACGGCAGGCAGGAUGUUGCGGCUUCGCUGUAAGACCAAAAAUGGGAGCCACAUUAUGCAAGGCUUGACCCAUCAGUCCUGUGUGCAGGAGCUGAAGAGUAAGGUGGAGGAGCUAACUGGUAUCCCCUGUGAUGUGCAGAAAAUUAUGGUUGGUUACCCACCCUCAAGCCUUGAUCUCCGAAAUGGAGACGCUCACCUCAAGGACUACCCCAUCAAAUCUGGAGACACACUCAUCGUGGAAGAGGAAAAAAACAAGCCAAAGCCUCAGGAUCACCCCAUUGUGACGAAAACGCCACGCCUGGAAGCCUCACCUGUGCUGGCACGUCGAGUGGUCCCAGCUGACAACUCCUGCCUCUUCACUAGUGUUUAUUAUGUGGUGGAAGGGGGUGUGUAUGAUCCCGCUUGUGCCCCAGAGAUGCGAGGCCUCAUUGCCCAGAUAGUGUCGAGUGACCCGGCAGCCUACUCUGAAGCGGUGCUGGGAAAAACCAAUGAGGACUACUGCACCUGGAUAAGACGCGAUGACACCUGGGGAGGAGCCAUCGAGGUGUCCAUCCUGUCCAAGUUUUACCAAUGUGAGAUCUGUGUGGUGGACACUCAGACAGUCAGAGUGGAUAGAUUUGGGGAGGAUGCUGGCUACCACAAACGUGUGUUGCUGAUCUAUGAUGGAAUCCACUACGACCCACUGCAGAGAGAGAUCCCCGGCUCUGACGCCCCGCCCCAGACUAUCUUCUCUACCACGGACGACGUAAUCCUGGCCCAGGCCCUCGAGCUGGCAGACGAGGCUCGCCGUAAGCGGCAGUUCACAGACGUUAACCGCUUUGCAUUGCGCUGCAUGGUGUGCCAGACGGGCCUGGUGGGACAAAAGGAAGCUCGCGAGCAUGCCAAGGAAACGGGCCACACCAAUUUUGGCGAAGUGUGAAAGUUGUCUUGUGUUCUCUCUCUCUCACAAAUACAACCACCACCAACCCCGUGCCCCUCGUCUGGCAACUCCGUUGGUCUGUCUGCUUGUGUGAUCCUCUACCUCACAUUAUCCAGCGACAUCUUUGGAGAAUCUGCAGACACUGUGUUCAGCCUCUAACCUGUUCAGUAUUACUCUAAACUGCUGUCAGUUCUUAAAGUCCGAAACACUACUGCAGUGCUCUGAUGUCAUUAAACCAUCAUGUAGGUCUAUGUAGGGAUGGUUUUGAAUCUGUUUUACUGGGUCAAGUAAAAUAUGCAAACAAUUCUUAGGAUUUGUUUUGAUUUCUCAUUAGCUGGGUUGUACUGACAUCAACCAAAUGGCGACUGAUGUGUUGAUUAGAAGAUGCACCAACUUGCCAUGACGUAACCCGUGGCUAAUUAAACUUAUGUGUGAUAAAACACCACUGUAUGGCUCUACAAAGAGUUUAAAACAACCACUAAGAAUUAUUUGCACUGUGAUGUGAUCCCAUUCACUGUUGUCUUAAAUGCAGCACACCAAGUUUGACUGUUAUUCAUCAUGUUGGUUAUGUAGCAUGUUUUUUUAUUUCCUUUGUGGGCAGAUUUUAGAAAUUCUUCCAAUACUGCGAUAAUUUGGUGAGCUUCAGAUGUCAGAAUUGUUAAGUACAGAUAGCUUAUGUUAAUGCUAAGCUGGAUUAAUCUAUAUAAAAUUGUGCUCGUUGUGACAUCCCUAGGGUUGGGCAAUUGGGCCAAAAGAUCAUAUGAUGAGGUUUUAGGGUAGAAUCUCGAUUCUCAAUCUGAAUCACAAUUCUCCCCACUGAUUUAGCUGAACUUAAGCGAUCUCAUCAUCAGUUUUGUAUAUGGUUUUAAUUUGGCAUAUGAUCUGCUUUUCACAGGAGUCAUACAGAUCAUGUCAUCAAGGGUGCUAUGUGUAGUAUUUUGUUUAGAAAGUUAAGUCUCAGCUAGCCCCAGUCCGUGCUGCCUCUUGUUUGCCUGCCUGCAGGCUGCUAGAUCGCUGUUGUGGUGAUCCUUAGCUGCCUCCCCACUGAAUCUUGUCCUGCAGACAGACUCCACCUCCUCUGUCUUGGACUGCAGCUGGCUGAUCACAAGUAAAAAUUGUGGCAUCCUUGUUCUGCUCUGCAGCCUCGGUGAGCUUGACAUAGCAGCAUACAAACCAGUUCUGCACCUGCCGCAGGUUCUGGUUGGAGUGGCCUACCGUCACUAGCUGCAGUCUGAGACAAUGGAGAUGGAGUCCAUCUGUUCAAAGACUUCGUGGGCCACCACUACAGUGACCUGGCCAUCAUGACCCUUUAAUGAUGCGAUUUGUAUGAUUCCCCAGAGAAAAAGAUCAUCGCCUAAUUAAAAUCAUCCACAACAUAAGAUCAUCAGAUUGCCCACCCCUAGACAUCCCUUUGAAUUCAUUGCGCUGUGGCCAUUAAGAUUGACGUUAAGCAUCUUGAAAUACAGUAUCAUAUGGCAAAUUGUGUUCCAAAAUUAGCCUAAUGAUGUAUAUGGACUUUACUACUACUUUUUGUUUUUUGAUGUUGCAACAUAAUUUAUAGUGAGUUUGUUUUAAAUUUCACAAAAAGAAAUUUAAGUAAUGGUGCUGUAAACAAAACAUUAUACAAAAUCUGUAGCUGCAGUGUUUCUCAUCAUGGGUACGACAGGUUUUCAGGUGUGUAAUUUUUAAUUCUAGCGAGCAAGUUUCAAAUGUCCUCAUGCUGUAAGAACUCAUUUUCAAUUUUUUAUUUUUUUUCAUUUAAAUUGCUGCACAUUGCAAAAAAACCUUUCAAGUGUGAUGGUGUUUGUCUGGGCGUAACAGAUCAAGGCAACAGGCGUGGUGUAUUGACUAGAAAUCUGAAGUGAGUGUGAGGCAAACUGUAUGAGAUCCAGCCUGCCCACUUAAUGCAUUUACUGUUCAGGUACAGUCCAUGGAUCAUGUCGUUUGCUAAUCGGCAUUAACCAUUUACCUUGUCAUCGCAGAUUUGUAGCUCUAAGUUGGGUGUGCUACAUGUGGCCUCUACGUAAAGGCACAUUUUGGUUUAAUAUGUAGUGCAUGUUGUCCAAAAGCUGCCACUCUGUUCCACUGUAUGUUUUGCACAACUGGAGCAUGUUCUCACAUUUUGAGGUAAAUUCAGGCAUCAUCUCUAUGCUAAUUCCUUUGAUGCACACUGCCUACAAGGAUGAAGCAUGCACUUAUCUAUGUCAAAUAUCAGGUCAAAUAAUGCUUAAUUGGAGAGGAUGGAGGAUAAUCAUGGAUUAGUUGUUUUUAUUUUUAAAAUCAAAGCCCAUUUCAUUGUGGCCUCACAUCGAGCAGAAGCAGUUAUUCUGUUUUACAGAUCUUUCAUGGCAAUAUUUGUCCUGAGUUGUUGCCAAAAAACAAUAAGCUUGACGUUAGAAGGCUUGAGUGGAGCUUUUUUCAGAAUUUCUCUGGUUCAGACUCAGAUAAGUGGUAAAAUUAAAUGACAGGGAAAGCAAAAAUGUCCGUUUUUUUUUUCUUUUUUUUUUUGAAUGUGAAUUGCUAUGAUUUUUUUUCCUCAUCUGUUACCGUAGGUAGUUGCUAUGAUUUUAACAGUGAUCAUGGAUUAAUCAGCUUGCAUAAAGGUGAAACUAUGAAAUGGCUUUGUUGUAUUUUGUAUUUACUAAGUUCUCAUGACUAACAAUAACAAUGAAUGUUGCACACAAAGCACUACAGAAAAACUGGAUUUACUUGAUUUUUUUCAGUGUUGUCACAAAUAAAAGUUAUAGCCAGCA